AUGGACCUCCACAGGGCAGCCUUCAAGAUGGAGAGCUCCUCCUAUUUGCCUAAUCCUCUUGCCUCCCCAGCCCUCAUGGUCUUGGCCUCCACUGCUGAAGCUUCCCGCGAUGCUUCAAUUCCCUGCCAGCAGCCGCGUCCAUUUGGAGUCCCCGUGUCUGUUGAAAAAGAUGUCCAUUUGCCAUUUAACAAUGGCUCUUACACUUUUGCAUCAAUGUACCACCGCCAAGGUGCAGUCCCACCAGGAUUUCCCAACAGAGACUUCCCUCCAUCCCUCCUCCACCUUCACCAUCAGUUUGCACCACCUAACCUGGACUGCUCACCCAUCAGCAUGCUGAACCACAGCGGCGUCGGUGCCUUCAGGCCUUUCGCCUCACCUCCAGAUGAUCGAGACGGGCCACCAGGCGGUUAUCAGUCUGCUUUCACUCCAGCCAAGCGCCUUAAGGGCUGCCUGGAUCCAGAGGCUUCCCCCCACCUGCGGUACUCUGAUGCUGAGGGGAAAGAGUAUGAUUUCGGUGGUGCUCAGAUCCCACCUGGAGGCUCGCCCAGCAGCACACUGAAGGUGGUUGAGGACAGUGGAAAAAAGAUCUUUGCUGUGUCAGGACUCCUGUCUGAUCGAGAGACCUCCUCCAGCCCAGAGGACCGCAUUGACCGCUGUGAGUAA